UGUGUGAGCAAUGGUGGAUGAGGAUCGCGGAGACCGCUUGUUCGCGUCGUCGGGCUACCGUCUGCACCGUCUGUUUAGCCGCUGAGUUCCUUCGGAAUCGUCUCGAUCCGCCGGUCGUUUCGCGUGCCGUCACGCAUCCCAGCGUGUUCAUCGCGUCGCGUACGCCGCGAGUUCGCGCGCUCCGCCCGGCGUCGUCGGGCAGUGUGCCAUAGUGAUAUAUCUCGGUCUCGCCGCGCCGUUUUCGCCCCGUGUUGACGCAAGCUUCGCCGCGCGUGUUGCCACGGCCGGGGGUGGUCGGGGGACGGAAGAGUCCCCCCGAGAGAUCACCGCCGACUCGAGACUCGCUUUCUCUCUCUCUCUCCACCUUGAAAGAAAGAGAGAGAGAGAUCCGUGCGUGCUGACGCGUUCGGGGUGACCGUCGAGAGGAACGGUCGCGCGAUCCCCGAUAGAGAUAUGAGCGGAUCGCGGCGCAACGACGCGGUCAGAGCGAGCGCGUAUCCGCCCGGGUCGCGGCGUGCAGUCGAGCGACCGCUCUAGGCUUCGCAUUAUCCGUGCCGUAAACAUCGCGCACGUAAAUACACGCGCACGCACGUACACACACACGCGCACGUGCCAAUACACACAGUGCGCGUCGCUUCUCUAUCUCUCUCUGUCUCUCUCGUUCUUUCGCUCGCCCGUCGCCUGCCAGUCCGUCUGUCCGUGUGUACGUGUUGCGCGCCGCGGGGACACACACCGCUCUCACGGCGGCGAAUCUCGGCGUCCGGAAUUCGGUCCCGGCCGCGCGACUCUGUUAUCGUUAGCGCCGAGCGACCAAGGCUCGUGCACCGGAGAGAGAAAGUAAGCGUCGAAGGAGCGGGUGCACUCGACGGAUCCUCGAAUACGCGGUCCGCACGGGAAGAGUCCCGCGUCGUUCGGCCCCGAGCGACCGUCGAGGUUAGAAUUCGUGACGUACGGUCUCUCGGUCUCCGUCACGUCUAGUGGACAGUGCCGAGGGUAGAGCGGGUUUCGUCGCACGAGUGACUGACGGAUUUUCUCGAGGAGUGUCGACGGCGCCGCUGUCUCGUCGUCGUCGUCGUGAGUUCAAAGUUUCCCAACGACCGAGAGAAAGAGAGAGAGAGAGAAAGAGAGAGAGAGAAGGAACGCGCGUGAGCAAGCGAGCGAACGAUCGAGCACCUCGUUCGCGAUCUCUCAGUGAUAAGAGGACAAGGAGCUUACUGCCGCGCGAACCCGCCGAGCGGUCCCGCGCUCCAAGGGUGACCGUCUCGCGGCAGUGGUGGUGUACGGUCGCGCGUGGCAUGAAAAAAUGAUGUGAUCGACGGUCAUCAUGGCGGCACCCAUGCUAAAGUGGAAGCGGAUCACAAAUCCGACCGGGCCCCAGCCGAGACCCAGACACGGCCACCGGGCGGUCGCGAUCAAGGAUCUCAUGGUAGUUUUUGGCGGCGGCAACGAGGGUAUCGUCGAUGAGCUGCAUGUUUACAACACUGCUACAAACCAAUGGUUCGUCCCGUCUACGAGAGGGGAUAUCCCACCGGGAUGCGCGGCGUACGGUUUCGUCGUCGACGGCACGCGCAUCUUGGUCUUCGGCGGGAUGGUGGAAUACGGCAAGUACUCAAACGAGUUGUACGAACUCCAGGCGAGCAAGUGGGAAUGGAAGCGCCUGAAGCCGAAGCCACCCAAGGACAAUAUCCCGCCGUGUCCGCGUCUAGGUCACAGUUUCACCCUAAUUGGUAACAGGGUCUUCCUAUUCGGAGGUCUGGCGAACGACAGUGACGAUCCGAAGAACAACAUACCGAGAUAUCUGAACGACUUGUACACGCUCGAGCUGCUUCCUAACGGCGUGACCGCCUGGGACGUGCCCACGACGCAGGGUUCCUCGCCACCUCCCAGGGAGUCGCACACCGGUGUGGCGUACACCGACCGCACUACCGGCAAAUCCUGCCUGGUGAUCUACGGUGGUAUGAGUGGUUGCCGUCUAGGCGACUUGUGGUUCUUGGACGUUGACUCGAUGACCUGGAACAGACCAGUAGUUCACGGACCUACUCCGUUACCUCGAUCACUCCACACUGCCACAUUAAUCGGUCACCGUAUGUAUGUCUUCGGCGGAUGGGUGCCACUGGUCGUCGACGACGUUAAAGUCGCGACGCACGAGAAAGAGUGGAAGUGCACCAGUACCUUGGCGUGCUUGAAUUUAGAAACUCUCACUUGGGAGCAACUGACCGUCGAUUCCUUAGAGGAAAAUACUCCGCGUGCUCGCGCUGGCCACUGCGCGGUCGGCGUCCACAGCAGGCUCUACGUGUGGUCCGGUAGGGAUGGGUAUCGCAAAGCUUGGAACAAUCAGGUGUGCUGCAAGGACCUGUGGUACUUGGAGGUCAGCAAACCGCCAGCGCCAUCCAGGGUUCAGCUGGUGAGAGCUUCCACGCAAACGCUGGAGGUCAGUUGGACAGCGACCCCGUCCGCGCAAUACUACAUCCUUCAGAUCCAGAAAUACGACAUGCCACCGGCAGCGUCCGCUGGCGCUUUCCCGCCGGUGAGCGCGGCUACGCCGAACGUCACCCCCGUCAGCGCCGCCCCGGCUGUGGCUGCUCCGACGACCGUGCCCGUCACGUCGCCUCCCAUCACCACGGCCGUGUCUAUCCCGACUAAUCCGACCUCUGUCAGGUCGACUGUGACGCCGGUGACGCCGUUGCGAGUACAGCCGACGGUGCAGAGCCCCGUACAGAAGACGGUGCCAACGCCGCAGGUCGUACAGAAGACGACGAGCCCUAUGACUCCGAGAGUUGCCGCCGGCAACGUCAUACGCAUCCGUUCCCCGUUGGUCAGCACCGCGACCGCGGCAACGGCGGCGACCGCCACGGCGGUGGUGGUCACCACUGAACAGCAUCAGCAAUCGCAACAGACCUCUCCCACCGUGACCACAACCGUGGCGACAGGACAAACGCCCGCCGCCAUGUCCGGCAUCGCUGCGUUGGCCGCGGCGGCAGCCGCCACUCCGAAGAUCACGAUGAACAACGUGCCGAUCUUGCCGCAAGCCGCGACCAACACGAUCAGGAUGAAGAACGUCCAGCCGGGCCAGCAGAUACGCUUUGCCGCGCCUGGUGCGACGGUGCUGCGCACGGCGUCGCCGCCGCAGAACAAGCAGAUCAUCCUGCAGAAGUCCGGCCAGAACAUAUCCGGUCAGACCGGGAUCGUGCAUCUUCUCAAGACCGGCCAGGUGGCCUGCGGCAUGGUGGCCGCUACCGGACCCAAGGUUAGUCUCAUCCCCAGCAAGGCGGUCCAAGGCACCGGUGUAAAGCUGUUGAAUCACGGACCGGCUAUCCUGCGACUGGUGAAUCCCAACACAGUGGCUGGAUCGAAGCUGCUCACUACCAUGAAGACUUCCGGCUUAGUGACGAUGAGCAAGGGUCAAAACAUCACCGGCAAACAGACCAUCAUGAUCACGAAGCCGGGUGGCAACGGCGGAUUGGUAGGCAGAACCAAUCAGAUCAUCGUGGUAACCACGGGCUCCGGUCUGAGAGCAGUGCAGACAGUCACCACUUCACAAGCUGGUGCUGGCCAAGGGACUAAUCUCACAACUCCGGUAAACGUUCUACCGUUGUCGGCUACCAAUCAUGUGACGAAUCAGCAAGGUGUUAAGAUGAUCGUCGUCUCCUCGGGCACGGUGGGAGGCGGCACCGCGGGCAAGCCUAUAACCAUCACGGUACCGGGACAGGGCGGUGUACCAAAGACUGUGACCAUCGCUACUAAAGGUAGUCCGCAAGCCAUCUUCAAUCCCGGCAAGAGUCAGAUCGUCGUGCCGCAGAUGCAAAAAACUCCUGACACGGUAACGAUGUCUGGCAAGCCAGUGACUCUGCAAAUGUCCGGAGGCAUGGGUGCGAAGACGGUGACGCUCAUGCCGACAAGUAGCUCCAUAGUGACUACUUCGAGUGCGUCGGACUCAAUAGACACCAGCAAGAUGCUCUUUGUUCCGUCGCAGAAACAGCCUUCGGCUUCUUUAGCUUCAACGUCGGACGGUCCCGCCACCACUGACGCGGCGUUAGCCGCGUUAGCAGCGGAGGCUGGUCUGAUAGACCCGGUUCAGGAGCCGUCCGGCGGCCUGUCCUUUAUGGUAGCUACGGACGAUGGUGCCGGCGGUGAUAAAGUGGAGGACAGUUGUAACGGCAACGAGGCGACCACGGCGGCCGCCUUGGUUUCCCAGAUGGGCGCCGGCGAGCCGAUGCAGGUCGACGGUGACGGGAACUUCGUGCUUCCGCAAGUGGACGGUCCCACCGACAUUCUCUUAUCUGAGGAUGAAGAGAACGACAAGAUCGACUUGAACGACGAGGACCCCGCUCCGGAGAGAGCCACGGAAGCGGCGGUCGACGAGUCGACGCCCAUGGAACAAGAUGACGUAAACGCGGCCGGAAGCAUCCACACGGAAGAACCCGCCGUAAAGGAGGAGGAAACCGCGCCUGUCGAAGCGCCUGCCGAAGCAUCUGCCGAAACGCCCACCGAGGCGACUGCCGAAGCGCCUGCCGAGGCGACUACCGAGGCGACUGCCGAAGCGACUGCCGAGCUUCCCGAAGCCACCUCCGCCGCCGUCGACCAAGUGCCCGAGGACACAAAAGGUACUGUUGACAAUCCGCCGGCCGACGAGGAGGUACCUAUGGACACCAGCGUCGACAGUGCGGAACUGCCGAACGAGAAGAUGGACAUCGGUAGCCCGUUGACCGACGAACCGAAGGCGGAGAAAGCCGAGUUGCCUUUCGUACAGUCACCGGCGGCGCAGGCUCCGUCCGAGGCAGAGAUGCCUCUAGCGGACGUCGAUUCGGCAGAACCUGAGGCAACGGAGAACCAGGACGAGCGUCAGAAUGAACACCAGGAUGAGCAUCAAAACCAGCACCAAGAUGAGAACCAAGAAGAGAGCGAUCAGACGAAGAGCGCGAAGGUCGAGCCGUAUCUUUCCGAUGCCGAGAAGUCGCCGGUGCCCGAGAGUCUGCCUAUCGAAGACAGCGCGUCGCAGCUUUCUCAAGAUGAGGCUCAGGAUGCGGAGAAGGUGAAGGAUGAGAUUACGGAACCGGAGGCCGAUCUGCCUAUGACCGAGGAUUCUUCUCUCGUGAAAUCGGAAGACCUCAACGAACCGAUGAUGACGGAUAGCGCGUCGCCCGUCACAGACGCGCCGAACCAAGUGCCAGUAACCGCGCCCGUCGUCGCGCCGACCGUGCAACCGGUAAAAUUGGAACCUUCGGAGCCGAUGGAACAGGAGAAACUGCCCGAUCUGCCGGUCUCGUCGGUCAACGGAGUCGCCGCUUCUCUCGACAAGGACGCCGAAAGUUUGCAGAAGACUCACACUCCCAUCAAGAUCGACGUCAAGGAGGAUCCUGCGAUUAUAAAGAGGGAAAGCCUGAAGCAGGACAAGAUUAACGACGCCCGAUCAGACAUCCCCGACGACUCCACGGCUUUAUGUACAUUGGCGAGCGCCGCUUUAGGCUCCACGGAAUCGGUCAAGGGUGAAGAUGAGAAGAAGGACCCAGAGUGGUACGACGUUGGAGUUAUAAAAGGAACCACUUUCACGGUUCAACACUAUUAUCUUCCCGGUGACGAGCCGUUGGACAUUACGCAACCCUUGACGAUGGACGUAUUCAAGGAACGAACCAAGAUAGCUUUGGAGCCCGGAACUGCCUACAAGUUCAGGAUUGCCGCUGUGAAUAGCUGUGGACGAAGUGCCUGGAGUGAGGUAUCGGCAUUUAAAACGUGUCUUCCGGGAUUCCCGGGUGCACCGAGCGCUAUAAAGAUAUCGAAAUCCGCGGACGGCGCACAAAUUUCUUGGGAACCGCCGCCUAGCAAUGUCGGACCCAUUCUCGAGUAUUCCGUUUAUCUGGCGGUGAGAAGUACGGCGUUGAACAAUGACGGCGAGGCGAAAACAGUCGUGUCUACACCAAAUCAAUUAGCCUUUAUUAGAGUUUAUUGCGGCUCGAGUAAUUCCUGUUCGGUGAACAAUAGUGCCCUUAACGCCGCUCAUGUGGACACCACUACGAAACCGGCCAUAAUCUUUAGAAUAGCAGCGCGAAACGACAAGGGUUACGGACCAGCCACGCAAGUCAGGUGGUUGCAAGAUCCCACCACCGGUGUGAAAAACAAUCCGCAAUCCGUGAAGAGACCCGGCGCAGACCUACGCACGCAAGUGAAUUCCCCGCAGAAGAAGGCGAAGCAGGAGACUAGUGAUAAUUUCUCGUGAGCCUGUUCUCUCCCUGGCCUCGUACAGCCGAAACUCCCAAGCGACGCUGCUACUACAUUAUUUAAUUUCCGCCGAUUUACAUGCCUAACAAUGAUAACGAAACAAUGUAUUAUCAAGUAAAUGACGUGAUAUAUGGAGUAAACGAAAAAAAAAGAAACGAAUGCUCGAUCAAGAACGUGAGAGAGCGAGUGAGAGGGAGAAAGUGAGAGAGAGAGAGAGAGAGAGAGAGAGAGAGAGAGAGAGAGAGAGAGAGAGAUGGAAAGGGAUGAUGAUCACACAACUAGACCGAGAUACAAACGUACGAUUUUUGAAGAAGAGGAAGAAGAAAAAAAACAUUUUUGAGGAAGAAAAAUAUUUUUAGCGUUCUCUCUGUAUGAAUACAACGUCCUUCUGUACCGCCGCGUUUCUUACUCACCAUCAUCUUAUUUCUUUCCUCGCGAGUGCGCGAGAACCUUCUGUAAAGACAACAUCAGUACCGUUAAAUAAAUGGCGAGGUGGUUAUUUUUUUUGGCGUUAAGUAAGUUUUUCCAUGUUUAUAGCGUUUUCUACGGACGGUACGACAUAUCGCUCUAAUGCUCAUACACUUGCAUCAUGGAAACAAAAAGAAAUCACUAAUCACAUGUUCGCCAAUUUUUGUUCUUUUUAGACGUUACCGGGAAAAUGAGUAGCUAGAUUCGUAUUAUAUAUUUUGCAUAUCUUUUCGAGUUGUUAUAUACAGUGUCCCGUGUUCGUUAGGAUAGCUGAGAAGAUAAUACUACAUGAAAAAAAAGUACGUAUAAAUAAACAACAACAUCUGUUCAUACGAGGCUUUCGAAUGAUUCAAUGUUUGAGAUUGGAAAAUUAACGAUACCUUUCCAUUUUCUCUCUUUUGGUGACGCUCCACUUAAAUGACUUUUAAUUGUAAAUUCUCUAACUAGUUUUAGUUAUAUUUUGUCAAAAAGGUGUUUUAUUCUUUUAAUUGUACUUUAAAACUAGUUGACAUAGCUAGAAUAAUGUAUCAUACUAAAUAUAUACUAAAAUACGAGAUACUACUUAUAAAACAGACAAAACAUUAAUCGUCGAAAGCAAUCGUUCAAAAAAUAAAAACAAAACCGACACGACGUAUUUUCAGUUAAUAUUUUUAUGUAGAAUUAUCGACCUCCCGAUUGUACCCCAUCAGUGUUACGGAACACUCUAUAUAUUCAACAUCAAGAGAGAAACGAGAGAUAUGUUUUAACGAAAAAAAAAGAUUCACUAAUUUCUUAUAAUAUAUUUAUCAUUGAUAGAGCAUCUGCAAUUCUUUUGACAUUCACCACUAGGCAGAAAAAGCUCGCUUUUGAAAUGUAGGUAUUUAGUGUACAUAAAACUCUUGCACUGAAAAAUGUGUUUAUCAUAUUAUGAGGCAAUGAAAUAAAAUACUUUUUGAUAAGGUAGAAUAAUUGGGAGAUACACAUACGUUGUGCAAAUCUUGAUAGUCUCCUAUUUCUAUCUGCUCGUUUACGUUUUAACUCCGUGCAAGCAAAAUUUUUGUAAAAAAAAUACAAAGAUGGAAGUUUUUAUCGUUUCAUCGAGAUUUAGUUUUACACACGACAAUCGGUGCUAACACAUUAUUCCGAGUACUUUUGUUACUGCCAGAUGCGACAAGAUUAUGUUACCGAUUAUAUUAUCGAAAAAGCAACACGCAACAAUUGCAAAAUUGCCUCCGCUGAGGCGCACGAUACCGAGUUACUUAUUUGCUUUCGGCCGAACAGUUGCAACGAUGCAGAUAUAUUUUGUAUAAAAUCUAGAUUUAAAUGAGGAUUAUACAUGUAUAAUUAAUGAAUGUGUCCCUAAGGACGGGCUCUAGGACGAUUAUUGAUAUUUUAGUGAAUAAAGAAAGCUCUCGGAUGAAAAUUUAAGGAUAUUUUUAGACGGCAACGAAACAAUUGUUUGAAUACUAAUGUAUCCGGAUAACGGUAGACUGUACGUCUUAACGUAAAUUCUAAUCUUUUAUAGUGUUAAGACAAACAAUUAUAAAGCGAGUAACAAGAAGAUUAGAGAAAGUGAGAGAGAGAGAGAGAGAGGUAAGAGGGAGCACACAAAUGCUGUCGCGUUAGAAAGAGAGAAAGAGAGGGGACACGUAAUAUCCGUAACUUUUUUUUUCAGCAUAAUAUUAUAUUUUAAUCAAAAGUACUGGGUAAGCUUUUUUAAAUACCGAGACUGUAGAGAAGUGUUGAUUACGCGAGUGUUGCCGGCGGUCUCGUUCCUCUCGGUCGAUUUUCUGGGGCUAUGUUAAAGCUGCAAUAAUUUAAGCGUAUAUUUUAUUUUAGAUUAUUCACAUAUAAUGAGAGAGUAUAUUUAUAUAUAUAAAUAUAUAAAAAUAUACAUAAACAUUUAUAUGUUUAUAUAUAUACACGUGUACUUUCCGUUAUCCAUUUAUAGCUUAAGCGCAGGGUAGAACCAUCUACUAACGUAGCGUUCCAUACGCUUAAUUUGUUAUAUUGAAGUUUUGCGUUAACAAAGUUUACUUCAUUUAGGAGAAACUUACGUGUUACUAGAAAGACUAUCAUACCAACACGUACUAUCAAACCAACCGAUAACUUUGCAUUGGUCACAUGUACAAUUGCAAUUGUUUAACUCUUAAUGAGUACGUCCUGCCCCCUCCCCCUUCCCCCCGCCCGAGAUCUUAGGAGCAUUUCCUGGAGAAAAAAAAUACGCGAAGGAAUAUAUAUAUAAAUAUAUACAUACGAUGUAUAAUGUAAAUGGGAUAACUAAAAAGAAAAAAAUGGUAUAUACUUUCAAGUGUAUUGUUUUAAUCUUGCUUUCUUUUUUUCUGGCUGAUCCUCUACGAACACGAGAGUGUGUAUGUCUCUGUAACCGACUAACUGAUAAGCCGCCCUUAGUCGUCUAAUUUCCUCUGUACAUUUUGUUGACAGGAGAUGACACUGAUCUGUAUCCUUGUACACAAAUCCUGUGCAUGAAGAAAACAAAAGAAUGUGAAAAUUGUCGCCACGACACACGUCACGUGGCUUCGUAAUUCGUUUGUAAAUCGUCUCCUAUCGUCUGCCGCAUUUAUACUCUUCGUGCAGCAACACACCGUACACUCGUCCCCCCUCCCCCUCAACCAAGUAUGUCGUGCAAAUAAAUAGAGAUGAAUUUCUUACGUGUAACGGAGUCUCUACCAAUCUGUAGCGAUCGCAUAGCCUUAUGCUGGAUUACAUCUUAGAAGGACACUGAAAUAAGGAUUUGGUAGCAGGUACUCAAGUUUGGUGAAUGUUUGCCGAUCAAAUAUUUGAUUGCUGCAAACAAAUAAUCUAAUUCCGUAUAAAUAAUAUACAGAACUAUUCUGUAAUGUAUAUAUAGUAUAUGAAACUAAUUAAUUAGCAAUCAAAUAUUUGGCCGGCAAAUAUACAUCAAACUUUAGCAUUUAUUGCCGAAUCCUUUCCAGUGCAUGGUCUUCUGUUCUCCCUUCGCAAGUGUCAUGAUCUGUCAAUCGCACGCGCUGGAAAUCUCACGCGGACCCGACGAUUGUUCCAUCUCAACUUAUAAUGCGCCUCUUCGGAUUAGGAGCUGUAUCUUACUUAAGAUCGUUGAUGCGAAACUUUCCACAGUUCCGCGAGCUCGCAUUUGCAUCGUUGCUUCUUUCCUUGUAAUUCUAAAUUUACACGUGGAACGGCGACUUGCAAAAACGCCGUGACAGCGAUUUGACCGCAGAGGAAUAUAUCGUGAAGAAAAAAAGCACGAUGAGAAUUUACCACGAGUUUAUCGAUCGUCUCCGAACGUAUUUCGUGUGUUGCCUUUUCGAGAUCCGCAGCUUGCUUGGCAGUAACAAAAGGACGUUGGAUAUUGCUUUAACGUCCCUCCCCCUGGUUUAUCUUGAUCAUGAUCAAGAAAACAAGGUUGAAUGGAACGUUUACACGACGAUGAAAAAGAUAACGUUGAAUAAUCUGUCACCCCGCACAACACGAAUGAUCGAUCGAUCGUCACUUCCAAGUAAAUCUAUGCAAUUUAUGUAUACGCGUGAUUCAACGAUCGUAGGAUGAUUAACGAUGCGGUGGGCGUCGCGCUUCAGUGAGAAGUCCGAUUAAAUGAUCGAGAACUUGCUGUUUGUCGAUUCAGUUAGGUAUUUACGGAAAUCAUCCGUUACCGAGAUAAGACACCUUCUUCUCUCGCUCGAUUAUAAUCGCGUCCGCAAUUUGCAACACGACGAUUUGCGGCGUUCAUCGAUUUCCCCCGCGAGACAAUAGCAUUUUCUCGAGAUCCGAUCGUCGCCGAUCCGCUGUACGAGCGGCUCAAGAAAGAAAGAAAGAAAGAUACAAUGUCACUUACGGACCAUGUCGUUUUAUUACGAGCUACUUUUUCUAUGCUAGGUCUUAAUCACAUACGCUAAUUGAAGAGAAUCGCGACGGCGCGAUGAUGCGCGCCUGGAGAAAGUGAUUUACCGAGCUGUAAUAAGAUAACGAACGAAAACCGUACGCCCGCGCGAUGAGGCCGCGCUUUAACGACGACGGUAGAUGCAACUCCGCCGAGUGGAGUGACACUGCACCUGUACUCGACCCGCAAUAUACACCGAUAUAGUGCGAUAUUCUA